AUGGAGGUUAUUGCUGUUCUCCUCUGGCAUGUUUGGAAAGCACGCAACAGAUGUCUAUUUCAUCACCAGGAGCCAGAUCUCGUCUUCGUUGUGGAAGCGGCAUGGGCUACCUCCAACUUGGGGAAGCAUUUGCAGUCCACCAUAACAAGAUCCAUCCCCCCUAGCUCGGCUCCAGGAUCUCUGUGGAGGCCCCCUGAUCCUGGUACAUUAAAAAUCAACAUAGAUGGAGCCUUCAGAAGUGGUAAUAUCUCAGGAUCAACUGCAUAUAUUUGUCGUGAUCAUACUGGUUCUAUGCAAGAAGGUUUCACCUGUGCAGCCACAGCAAAUUCUUCUUUGCAGAUCGAAGUCCAAGCUUUGAAUAUAGCACUGCGCCAUCUUCUGCGGAUCGAGAAGUCUGAUGAGCCCCUUAUCAUCGAAACGGACUGUCUCCAGGUGGUCGACGCCGUGCACGACCCUCAGAAGACGCCAUGGGAGAGCCGCUCGCUGCUAGCGGAAACAGCUGCCUUACUCCCCUGUUUCUCUCAUCUUCUCAUUAGGUUUACCAAACGCAAGACAAACGCACUUGCGGACUGGGUUGCCAAGGCCCAUUCUCGCGGGUCCCUGUCUUUCGCUGAUGUUUUUCCCCCUCCCCCAGCUUUGUUUAAUAUACUGCUUUCGAACGCAGUACAAGCGGGUUGUUUUUUAGCAUUACUUAAAUGA